UUCGUGGACAUGUUGCUCAAAGAGGCGGACAAGACCGAGGCCGAGCGAGCCACGGAAGAUGCGAACAUGACGACGACUGAGAACGGUGCUCCCACAUACAUCUCCACAGAGGAUGCCCGGCUGGAUUUCUUCUUUGAAGUUCUCCAAAACACCAACCCAGACACGACCCGGCGGCUGGCCCGCGCCUCUUGGGCGGCGAAUCCAUUGGACACGCUUCGGCUGAUCUUUCAGUUGCGUUCGGUCGUGCAUGGCAAGGGAGAGCGCAGCGGAUUUUAUGUCUGUAUGGAUUUCUUGCGUCAUGAGCACCCGCAGACACUGCUUUACAACUUGCGACAUAUCCCCGAUCAUGGAUAUUGGAAAGAUCUGCUCAAUUGGCUGGUGUUUGAAAUUCGUGAUGAUAUCGAAGAGUACAAUCUGACGACAAGGCCCAAGAAAUCCAAGUCAAGCCGUGUCUGCGUGUCUUCUGACGAGGACGACGAACAGGUAGAGAAGAAGAUGAAAUGCGAGGACGCAGCUUCGAAGACCAACGCGGAUGGCGCAAGGUCCCGCAAGGAUAGGACGCCCGAGGAGCGGCAACGAGCCAUCGACGAGGCAGAGGAACGAAACCAGCGGCUUUCGGAGAGGGCUCGUGAGGAGCGGUUCGAACGCGAGAGUGCUCGACUGGAGCGAGCCAGGACCAUGUUCAAGGACGACGCGUUUUACAGAGCUCUGCAUUUGGAGGUCGCACGUCUGUUUGCGAAUGCGCUCGUACGGGACAAAGCUCGGUUGGAUCAGGGUCAAUCGAUUUCACUGGCUGCAAAGUGGUGUCCAAGUCUGAAUCAGCUCCACGACAACUACACCCUGAUUGCCAGCACGAUCGCCCAGAUUCUCUUUCCAGAGAAACGACCAGGGGAGGACCAUGUCGCGUACGUGAACCGAGUCCGGCGGCAAUAUCGUCAAGAGUACUAUGUACCUCUGCGGAAGGCAAUCCCGGUCCUGGAGAGCAUGAUGGCGGCGCAACGUUGGGAUGAGAUUGUGUAUGGCCGCGUGCCUUCGAUCGCGAUGAAGAACAACAAGAAGCUGUUCGAAGCCCAUGACAAAGAGCGGUUCUUAGAGUACUUGGUGUCUGUUUCCAAAGGUGAGAGCACGAUUGCAGCGCAGGCGCUGAUGCCUCACGAAUUGGUAGCCGAGGCGAUUCAGCACUGUAACCAGGGCAUGGACAAGGACGAUAUCAAGAUCAUGACCAUGGAGGCCCAAUGGAAGUCCUAUGUCGAACGGUUGGCCAAGACUGGGACCAUGGAAUCGGCUAUGGCUCUGUGCGACGUCUCAGGUUCGAUGUCGGGGACUCCGAUGAACGCGGCGAUCGCACUGUCGUUGCUCUUGACGCAGUUGAGUCGACCACCGUACAAUCGGGUAGUGUUGACGUUCUCGGGGUCGCCGCAGAUCCAUCGGGUGAAGGAGGACUCAUUGAUAGACCAGGUAGACUCGAUGCGAAAUAUGGACUGGGGCGGAAACACGGACUUGGCCAAGGCGUUCAGUCAUAUCCUCAAUCUGUCGUUGGAGAACAAGGUCGCACCGAAGGAUAUGGUUAAGACGCUGUUUGUUUUCUCGGACAUGGAGUUUGAUUGUGCAGUGGCCGGAGCACAAAGAAAUGGGGAAAUGUUCACAAACUAUGCGGUGGUGAAGCGGCGGUUUGAGCAGGCGGGAUACGAGCUGCCGCAGAUUGUGUUCUGGAACUUGAGGGGGUCGAACAGGGGUAACAAACCGACAAAGUCGACGCAGGAGGGCGUGGCGAUGGUGUCUGGAUUUAGCGGGAUGUUGAUGAAGCUGUUCCUGGAUGGCGGUGAUAUUGAUGAGGAUGAGGAUGAGGAUGAGGAUGAGGAUGAGGAUGAGGAUGAGGAUGAUGAU